GCUUGACGAUGACCACCAUGUCCAAGGUGUACCAGAUCGGCUCCAAGUGGCCCGGCUUCCCCGCCAUCCGCAAACUCUUCGUUUUUGGCGACUCGUACAGCUCCGUACUCACUGCCUACUUUCCCGGUCGCCCAGCUAUCCGACCGUCGGCGGCCAUGCCUUUGGGUGUACCGUUUCCAGGCGAGAUGGGCGGGCACUUUAUCGCCAAGCACUGCCCGCGUCCUCGAUACAAACCAGACCAAGAACACGACUCCGACUACGCCACUAACCCGCUCCUCGUGUACGACUAUGCCAUCGGUGGCAACACCGUGUCUGGCGUCAAGUCACAGCUCAGCAGCUUUCUCGACGGUGCCGGCGCCAAACCCGACUGGGCAUCGUGGUCAGAACGGGACAGCUUGUUCGUGACUUGGAUCGGCAUCAAUGACUGCGCCUACUCUAUAGAUCACAGUGACAGUAUGAAGACUCUCUUUGACAUCCAGCAAAAGUUGUACGACGCUGGUGCUCGCAAUUUUCUCUUUAUCGAUGUGCCGCCGAUACAUAAAUCACCCGCAGUCUCUUCCUACCUUGCCGACUCGGCUAGUGUGUCUUAUCACGAUUGGAAUUCUUGCCUCGCAAAGGCACUCGGAUCUUUUGCUUCUUCACACCCCGAUACCACUGUAAUGCUCUUCUCCUCAUACCAGACCUUCUGCUCCAUCUUUGACAACCCCGUUGACCACGGCUUCGAAGAAAAGGACCUCCGCAAACGCGGGGGUGCCAUAUGGUACGAUCACCUCCAUCCAACGAGUGCCGUUCACGACAUUAUCGCCGCCUAUCUUGCCGAUUUUCUCAGUGAAGUUACCCCGGCCAACUAA